GUUCAAUUAUGAUCUUCCGAUCUGUACCUUCAGAUAGUUCAGAAAAGCUUGUGAACAUCCAAAUUCCACUCACUCUGAAGAAGCAACUAAUUAACGAUUGUGAAUUUAUUACUCAUUUGGGAAAGCUUAUUGUACUUCCAUGUACACCAAAUGUGGAAGACAUAUUGAAGAUGUAUCUUGAUUAUCGACAUAAGAAGGAUAACAUGGUAUUUGAUUCAGUUAGAGAAAUUUUUAAAGGGAUACGUGCUUACUUCAACAAAGCAUUAGCUGUGAUACUUUUGUACAAAAGUGAGCGUAAGCAAUAUCGGAAUACUAUUACAGAGGAUAUCUGUCCAUCCAUACUAUAUGGGGCCGAACAUCUAUUGCGUCUAUUUGUGAAGUUGCCCGAGUUAUUGAUGCGUGCAGACAUUGAACAGGAGACAUUAUUGGAGUUGCAGAAAAAAUUAGUCGACUUUCUCAAGUUCUUGCAGAAGAAUCAGAAUACCUUAUUUCUCUCGAGAUACUAUGGUGCAGGAGAUGUUGAAACAAGCUCCAAUAAACAUGAAAACUGAUGCAGAAACUUCUUCCAAACCAUUUGUACAUACACCAAUGAGUGGUUGGAAGUUUCUUCUACCUUCCAUCAAUGCUUUUCCUUAGGCUUCAGAAAAAAGGUUACCGAAACAUGAGAGGGGCUUGUCUGUCACUGAAUUUGCCUUUCUAGGAACAGAUUGUA